AUUGGUUCAACACCGGUCUGCUUAUCACUGUACAGUGAUAUGGUUUAUCAAGUGUCGGAGCAGAAACCAGCUCAGCUUGUCCUUUUCGACUACUAUGAUCCCGAACAGCAAGUGAAGACGAACUAUGUUGCGAAGCAGUCACGAUCAUUACAGGAUGCGUGUCCAGACUGUUGGCCAACGGCGUUAUCAAGCGAGAAGAGCACAGGUAUCCAAACGAUGCGUGCUCGAGCUGCUAGGAAUUUGCAUGCCAGCAUCUUGUUUGCUUUAUUGUUUUUGAUUGCUUUCCAGCAGUAA